AAAUUUUUAAUGCUUUCAGAUUUUUUUUUUUAAUAAUAAUUAUUUAUUAUUAAUUAUAGUUAUUACGAGGUUUCGAACAUGGGAUUUUGAGCGCCUGAGCCAAAAACUCAGCCGCAUGUCUACUGUAACGGCUAAUGACAGGGGAGUAUUAAUUUAUAUUUAAGAUGCGUUUGUGAGCUUCAAAUAACCAUUAACCGUAGUAACUAAAAUUAAUAAUAAAUAAUUAUUUAAAAAAAAAAAUCUGAAAGCAUAAAAAAUUUUACGAGUGACGUCACACGCGAGGCUCCUCACGCUCACUUCAUUUUUUUCCAAGCCUUACUUUCGGCUUGCCUACUUACGAACGUGCUCAGAUUCCAUGUAUUGGUAAGAUGCUAACCGUUCCGGGGGGAACAUUGGCGCGCAAGGGGCAAUGGUCUUCGUCCGCUCUCGGCUCCUUCCGCGCAACAUCGACGCUGCUGUACUGCAGUGGGGGUACUGUCUACUCACGGUCUAGCCUUACUGAACCUGUCGCUCCGGGCUCCGGUUAGUACGAGUGAACCACUGUGUUGAUGAGUUUUAUGUGCGAGCACGAGUUGUCAAUUCAUUGUAAACGCGUGACAUUGUAAUCAUCAUGACCGCUCCCGCCAAGAAAUCUUCAGUAGAAUCUCUACCUGAUCGUAUUUUUAAGGAUCCUGAUACCGAUUUAUACUACUCUUAUCAAGCAACACGCGAAUCAGGACAAAGAAAAUUUUUCUUGUGCUCUUUGAACCAUUCGCACGGAUGCAAUGGGCAAGGGACUCUGGAUUCGGACGGAGUUUUCCGAUAUCUAGACGAAAAAGACGAGGAUGCUCCAAAAUACCGGCACAACCAUGUGGGUGAAGCUGAUCUGCUUGAGGAUGCAAUUUUUUUAAAAGAAAUGCAUUCUCUACUUUGUCACUCGUUUUUGCAGAACAAAGCGAUCUACAAUAAAUUGAAAAUCUUGUAUCCAAGUGCUGCGCUUAAAUAUCCAUUCGAACGAGUAUCAGCUCGAAUGCGGCAGUGGAGGUUAAAAAGAAAAUUCCCAGAGUUAACUCAUGGAUUUAAUACAUUGAUCAAUCUUCUGAAUCACGAUGACAAGUGGAAAGAUUUAAAAUCGCACAACAAGGGCAGUUUGGUUGUUAAACCUAUUAUGACGAGAACAGAUGAAGUCUGCGGCGUCGCCGUGGCCGACCUGGAGUUCCUCGCCAUCGUCAAAGCCGCUCUCCACCAGUUUAUAUAUUUUGAGGAAAUCCCAAUUAAACUUGGAGACAUCGAUGGAAGUCGCAUCAUUGUUAUGACUGUACCUUUUAAAACUCACUCUUUUCCCGCCGCAUGGACAGCUUUGAAUAAAGAUUCCUUUGAAGAUUACAACAAGCUUGUGAGAAAUGGUUUGUCAAAGGUGUUAGGUGACGUUCAACCUGAAAAAAUUUAUUAUGAUUUUCAUAAUAAAUUAUUUACAGCGUUGCGAGGGCGCUAUCCAGCGACAAGACUAAAAGGAACGCUUGAUGCAUACAGUCAUUUGUUGUAUGUCAAUGCAAUGGAGACAAUCGAUCUACGCGCAAGAAACGCAGUCCAUGAAAUUCGCAUCUUCACAAAAAUUUUGUUGCUUGCUUUGUUGCCUCCGCAACAAAUUGUAAAAGCUUUUGUACAAGUGGUUCAGAAUUUAAAUGAACAAAUGUUUCAAAAGUUUGAACUAUUUUUGAUAUACUACUUGUCAGAAUGGCUCAACAAAGUCGGCCCGAGUAAUCUGUCAUUCUACAAUGAUGUAGAUGGCUUGUCAAAUUGCACUAGGAUUCAUUUUAAUCGCCUGCAGAACAUGAGUGGGGUCGCGCCUGAUACGUGGUCCUUCUUGGAGUCCGCAACUUCAAUUGAAUGCGAAAGUUAUCGAGAUGUGGAUAAAUUGGCUAAAAAGAAAGCUAUCAGUAGAGGAACACCACCUGUAAAAGCAUUGAUCGAUUCAGCAAAAAUUAAUCGCCUCCAGGAGUUACUUGAAAGCGGAGGUAUUAAUGAAUUGGAGUUUUUACAAAGAGGUGUUUCAGCAGCUGAGCAACUGGUUCGCAAUUUAAUAUUCACAAAUCCAGACCCAAAUUCUGGAUUUGAAAUCGUUGACCUCGUACCCAUCCAUCACAAAUUGACGAUCACCAUUGCUCGCUUACGGGAAAUGGAGCCCGAGGCACCGGAGUUACUAUUGUUGGGGGAAAUAAAUGUUAAUGAGAACAUUAAUAAUAACGACAAUGAAGUUGACUCAGAUGACGAAUCUGAAACUGGGCCCAUCCGCCUUUAUGGCUAUGGCUGGGUGGAAAGUAACGAAACAGUUAUUAUGGUUAUAAGUGGCCACCUCAGGAUCUUUUUACAAACUAUAUUCGAUAUAAAAGUCGAAUUUUCCGUCAGUAAGGUGUUCAUUCUUCUCGAGAUGUUUUCAUCGCCGAUCUCCAUGGCUCCAAUGUCGGCAAAACCAGUCCCUGGUAUAUUCUUUCUUCAGGUGCCUGUUGUAAUUAUCAUAUAUCAUCUUCGUCAAGAUAUUCUUCAUCGAUUCUCUUCAGUUUUGAUCGCGCCAAAACGGCUUACAUUGACGUAGAUCGUGCUGAACUAAGGAAUGAUGAAGAUGCAUAUCCAGCGGCGGCUGCUGGCGAUUUUAUCUAUAAUUCUCAAAUUUGCCUGGCGUGUUCAGACGAGGAAUCACCACCGGACGUCGUCUACAACCCUUGUCGGCACUGCAUCUUCUGCCAAGCAUGUCAAAGACAGUACGUGCAAACUCUGCUUGGAGAUGGGCAAAUUUUAACUUGUAGUUACUGCCGACAAGAGGUUGUCUCAGUUGACUUGAUUAUUUAAAAAAAUAUUAAUCCUCAUUAAAUUUUUAUUUAAUAUUACUUUUAAACAAAUUUAAAAUAUAA